AUGGAGGUUUUGGAAUUUAUGGCAUCAAAGCUGAAUCUCUUGCGAGCAAAGGCUGCUGAAGCCUCGAAGUUUGUAGCCAAGCAUGGAUCUGCCUAUUACAAGCAGUCAUUGGAGCAGAACAAGCAAUACAUCCAGGAACCGCCUACUGUGGAGAAAUGCCAGCUUUUGGGGAACCAGCUGUUUUACACUCGUCUUGCCAGUAUUCCUGGUCGUUAUGAAGCGUUCUGGAAGGAACUUGAUUAUGUCAAGCACUUGUGGAGAAACAGGCAGGAGCUGAAGACUGAAGAUGUUGGCAUUGCUGCCCUUUUCGGACUUGAAUGUUAUGCCUGGUUUUGUCUUGGAGAGAUCAUAGCUCGCGGAUUUAAGAUUACUGGCUACGAUGUCUAGUGUUGCACCACGAUUUUGUGUAUUUAGUGGUAGAAUUCUAAGGCAGACAUCUCCUUUCUUAGUUGUUGAGUUGAAUGAUUGCACGGUAUUUACUGAACUUAUUUCUGUGAAUAACUCGUUUGAGUAAUGUCUUUGG